CUGUAAGAGCUACUUUACCUAGCAGGUAAGUUGGCGUUUUUGGAGGAAGGUAUGCCAUGUCGCUUUGUUAUUACUGUAUCACUUUCCUUGGUUAAAUUUUAUUCAUUGAUUCGGUCAUUGAUUCUGCUACUACAUCUAUGUACUUCCCCUACUUCCCAGCGGCAACUAGGACGGUCAGCCUUUACCCUUUCCUGUUACAUGAAGUACAUCCCCACCUAUUUUUACUUAGCGAGGUACAAGUCUCACGGUUUCUCUCACGGUUUCCCUUCUCCGCUGUUGUCCCUCCUACUCUGCCUCUCAUGUUUCAAUCAUCUCAAUGAAAGUUGCACGCGGAAAUGGUCGCAGUUUCUCCGACGUGACCAGAUUGGAAUUGGACUAAACGAAAGAGGGAAGGCAUCAAGUAUAUCACAACAUUAUCCUCGAGUAGGAAUAAACGUCCUUAUUGAUUUGAUUUUCCUCUCUACUAAUAUUGAUUAGUUUGUUUUUUCCCUUCUUUUCUUUUUUAGUCAAAGCAUCCGGAAUCAACAUCCAUUCAAUCCCAUUAAAUCACUUUUUUUCGACCUACCGUACUCCAUUCCUAAAAUAAUCAAAACAUACAAGGCCUCCAAUUUUUUUUUCUCUAUUUUUACUAACACACCAAUAAUUC